UUUCUGCUUCGCGAUGGGAUCACUGCUCUCUGCAUGCACCCGCUUUUCUGCUUCGGGGCACUUCUCCAUCCCACCGGGAGACGUGUUCCUUAAACGGUCCAGCUGCGCUUAAUUGACAAAGGUUAAUUAGGAGUCAGGGCUGUAGUUGCUUCCUCUUUCCCAGCUGGGCUGCAGGGCUGUGCUUUGAGGGCGGAUGCAGGCAGGCUGGCUGGCUGGCUGGGAUGACAGUGGGACAACCGGGGUCCCACGAGCAGUGCCAGGUCUGCGUGCAAGGCACGAGGCUUCUAGAAGAUGGGCGACUGGGGAUUCCUGGAAAAACUGCUGGACCAAGUCCAGGAGCACUCGACUGUGAUCGGGAAGAUCUGGCUCACCGUCCUCUUCAUCUUCCGUAUCCUCAUCCUGGGCUUGGCUGGUGAGUCCGUGUGGGGGGACGAGCAGUCAGACUUCGUGUGCAACACCAAGCAGCCGGGCUGCACCAACGUCUGCUACGACAAAGCUUUUCCCAUCUCCCACAUCCGCUACUGGGUGCUGCAGUUCCUCUUUGUAAGCACCCCGACCCUCAUUUACCUGGGCCACGUUGUCUAUCUGUCGCGGAAGGAGGAGAAGCUGAAACAGCAGGAGAAUGAGCUCCGGGCUAUCCACAGCAAGGACCCAAAGAUUGAGCAAGCGUUGGCAGCUGUAGAGAAGAAGAUGUCCAAGAUCUACAUGACGGAGGAUGGGCGGCUCAAGAUCCGAGGGGCGCUGAUGUGGACGUACAUCAUCAGCGUGAUCUGCAAGAGCAUCUUUGAGGCAGGCUUCCUCGUUGGCCAGUGGUACCUGUAUGGCUUCUCCAUGGUGCCCCGCUACGUGUGCAGGAGGGACCCCUGCCCACACCAGGUGGACUGUUUCAUCUCCCGCCCCACCGAGAAGACCAUCUUCAUCAUCUUCAUGCUGGUGAUGGGCCUCAUCUCCUUAAUCCUCAACCUUUUGGAGCUCUUCCACCUCUGUUGCAAGAGCCUGCUCAGCAACAUCAAGAAGGUGCCGGUGCCGGCUGGCCCGAGCCAGGGUGCCUUUGCUGAUGACAUGGGCUCGGGCCCCUACCCGGCCAAGCAUUACCCCUUCCUGCCCAUGGCCGAGAGCCACACGCCACCCUACCAGGCCUACAACAAGCUCUCCAGUGAGCAGAACUGGGCCAACUUCCGCAACGAGGAGAACCUGGCAUUGGGCAGCAGCACCAGGCCCCUCUCGGACCCCUAUGCCCCCAGAGUUCCAGAUGCCCCAGUCUCUGAGGAGAAGCUGUGCAGCCGGCCCAGCAGCUCUGCAUCCAAGAAGCAGUACGUCUAGGGCCAGAUGGGGCCAUCCCUGGUCCCUUUGUGCCUGGACUGUCCCUUGUGUCCACUCCGAGGAUGUGGUGCCUGCUACUGGGAAUUGAUGCUCACAAACUUACCAGCCCCUGAGCACAGCCUCUGUUCUCUGCUGUUUUCCCCACGGGCCUUGCAAGGAAGGAAACUUCUCCGGGCUUUGCUGGGAUGGUUUGUGCAGGGCAGAGGGACUUGGCAUCACUGUGGGAAAGGGAGCAAAUCCCCAGGGCUGGGAAUGGGCUGUCCCAGGGCUGUGGCAAGGAGUCCUGUCCGUGCAGCUGGCCCCUGGGACAUGAUGAAGUCCCACUGCCAGUGUGGGAGCACUGUGAAGCCAUGGGAAGCCGCUUGUCCUGGCUGUGGGCUGUGUCCCUUUCCUGUGACCCAGCAGACAGCUGGCACUGCUCCAUGCGGGGGCUUUGCUGCCAGAGCUGCCCCCGUCCCUGUGGACCACAGUGGGGUUAACCCUGCACUGGGACAUUUGUCACACCGCACGUCCCCAUCGCCCUAAGUGCCCCAGGACCCCCCCUUUGUCCUGUCCCUGGACCCUUUCCCAUGUGAUGUCUCUAAGUUAUUUUUAACGUGCCAACCCAAGCACGCAGCUUUCUGCCUUAAAGGUGCCGUUGUGCAGGGGACCAAGGAGCCGUGUCCAUCCCAGGCCACCAGCCCUUGUGCCCAGUGGUUUGGGGGAGGAAUUAGCCUAGCAGUAACCAGUUUGAGGGGCCGUUGUUUUUAAUACUUUGCACUAGUCACCUCCUGCUGUGGGCUGCAGUGCUGGUGAUGGGGCAGAGGAAUGGACCACUGCCCACCAAAGCUGUGAGAUGGAAGGGGCUGCGGGAACCUGCUCCAUCUGCUGCUCGUAGCCCACGUGCAGCUACAGAGCAUGAGCGCAGGGUGUGGGCUUUGCUCCUCUGUUCUGUUUCCCUUUCCUCCCUGCCGGACUGAGCGCUGUAUUGCAUUGAAUAAAGUUGGAUGAGUUAAAGGUG